AUGUCGUUGUCGGCCAUUGCCACGCUGCGGCCCCUGCACGGCCGCUGCUUUCGCCAUGCGGCAACAGGCCUGCUGUCGCUUCACCUCCGAUCAGGGUCCUCCAAGCUGCGACUCCAGGCUGUCGUGUCGAUUCGACCUCAACAGAAGAGGCAGCAGUCGUCUGUUUCAAGGGUCGAGCCUUCGAAGCCUGAGCAGCCCAAGAUGACGUUCUUUCUGUUUCUCAGGCGCCUUCUCGGCGGCAGUCUUAGAAACAUGGCCGUCGCCCUGAGCCCUCGCGGCAUCCGAUCGGCCCUGCGCGAUAGCCCUGCUUCGACCAGCAUCAGCCUGAUCCUGCUCAUCCUGACUCUCGCCGCUGCCGUCGUCGCCGUGCGAGCCUACAUGAAGACAUUUUACAAUGCCCAGUUCAGCAGAUAUCCCGAACCCAUCGCGAACACGCUGCGGCGUGCAAUAUACUACACAAAUAUCAAACCUGAACCCGAACUAGCACUGAAAUACUACAAAAAGGCCAUGGAGCAGUGCGCCGAGCUCGGCCUGGAUCCCUUCUCCGACGAGGUGCUCGGCAUCCGCGUCCAGGUGUCGUUUUGGCUACAGAAGAUCAAUAGUCACAAAUCAGCCAUCGAUGUGCUCGAGUCCGUGUUGAAGGACCUCAAGAAAUGGGUGGAAGUCAUGGAACAAUCGGUCAAGGACGGCAAGGUAGACGCCAAGGGCUACUACGUGACGGACGCGCCGCCGUCACCGCCCAACAGCCGAGGGGGUGGAGCUGGGGGUGCCGAAGCGGAGGCAAAGACGGAGGCGACAAUGAAGGUGGCGGCGAAGAGUGAGGUCCAGGACAGCGAGGUCCAAGCGGAAACGCUUUGGCGAAAACGGCAGCGGCUGCUGGCCAAGGCCAUCGGUACUGGUGUCAAGCUGGGGGAGCUCUAUGCCGAUGAGCACAUCCUGGACGGAGACAAGUCACACGCCCAUCUCGUGUGGGCGGUUGAAACCUCAUUGAAAGAAUUCAAACGCCGCAGCACGGAUGGCAUCAAGCCGGGUGAGGAAGCAUGGCUGACGCCCGAGGAGCUAGGCAGCUCGAUGGAGUCGUUGGGUCGAGAUUACGAACGACGAUCUCAGUUCCAGCUCGCGAUUCCUCUCUUUUUCCAGGCCCUUCGCCUCUGCCAGUCACCCUGCCACCGCGCCGUCAUCAUGAACAACCUCGCGGCCGCGUUUGCCCAGCAUCCAAUCUACAGCCCCACGCAAGCGGACGGUUCGGACACGCUCAAGGAGGUUUUCGACUCGGCCAUGCCGACGACGCGCAAGGACUGCCUCGAUGCCGCGGCCACAUGGGCGAGUAAUGCGUUCAUGCACGCUCAGGACGUCAAGGGCGAAGAGCGUACACCCGAGUGCGAUGAGGCUUGUGCCGUAGCGCUGUGUAACUGGGGCGAUGCCGCCGCCAUGCUGGGUAAGACGGAGCUGGCGAGGAAAAAGUACAAGGAGUGCAUCGAAAUGAGCCGCAAGAUGGAGUUUCCCGAUGGCGUGAGGCAGGCACAAGCUGGCCUGGCAAGGCUGGCAUAG